UUAAAUUAAUUUUAAAAGAACGCGGUUGCCUAGCAAUUGUAACUAAAAACAAAUGCUUUUUAUUAAAAAUACACCAAAUAACUAGUCACUGUCUUAAAACUUAUAUUCUGCAGCCGAUUAACAAUAAUUAUUAAAACAAAUACAAUAAAACAGGUUUAUAAAUAAACAGAAAAACAUGUCUUCAAAACCUAUUAUAUGUUUUGAUUGCUCCAAAAAUGAACGUUUCCAAAUUGCGGAUAAUUACAAAAUGUUACAUCGUAAAUUGAAAUCCUUAUGGAAUAUCGAACAAAAUGAUCAUGAUUUAAAUUUCGAUGAAUUAGCAAAAGUGAAAAUUUUUGUUUUGGCUGGUCCUCAGGAUCAUUUUACCGAAGAUGAGUUUCAAGUCUUGAAGAACUUUAUAGAAAAUGGUGGCUCUUUGCUAGUAGUGUUGGGUGAGGGUGGUGAGCAGGAGUUUAAUACAAAUGUCAAUUUCUUUUUGGAACAAUAUGGCAUUUACAUCAAUAGUGACACCGUCAUUCGUCCCCAUUACUAUAAGAAUAUGCAUCCCAAAGAAUGUUGCAUUGGUGGUGGUGUGGUAUGUGAAUCCAUGUGGCGUUACCUGCUAAAACAGCAUGUUGAAAUGGUGGAUUAUGAUUUUAGUGAUGAAAAAUAUAAAUUACAUUUUCAAUAUCCCUAUGGAGCCACAUUAAAUGUUUCGGAUCCUGCCAAUGUUUUAAUGACUACUGGCCCGGUGGUCUAUCCCUUCAAUCGUCCUUUAAUGGGUUAUUAUUGUAAUGAGAAACAAGGUAAAAUAUUGGCUUUAGGAUCGGGUUAUAUGUUUCAUGAUAAAUAUUUGACCAGCGAUAAGACCAAUGAUGCCAUAUUGGAAUAUAUAGUGAAAUUAUUGGGUAGUAAUGAGUUGAAAUUUAAUCAUUUGGAUUUUAAUGAUGUGGAGUUGAACGAUAAUAAAACCUUUACCGAUAUUGGUUUUAUAGCCGAUUUACCCAAGGCUUGCCUAAUUGAUUCUAUAGGUUCCGAAAUUCCAGCCGAUUUUAAGCAAAUGUUUGAUAUGACUCUGUAUGGUUUAAGUAAUCGUUUGCUAAAGGAUGUUAUCAGUGCUUAUCAGCAGUUAAAUGUUAAAUAUGAACCUUUAAAGAUUAUUAAGCCACAAUUUGAGAUACCUUUGCCUCCAUUGCAAUUAGCGACCUUUCCGCCGGUUUUUAGUGAACCUGCUGCUCCUCCUUUGGAACUAUAUGAUCUAGAUGAGGUCUUUAGUCCUCCUCGCUCCCAGUUGGCCAAUAUGACGGGCCAAUGUUUGCAAUCUUUGCAGGCUAAGGAUCCAUAUAAGCCGCCCAAUUUGAAAGAGUUGGAGAACUAUAUAAAGGAAUGUGGUCGCAUUACGGCCAUUAUCAAUGAUCAACAUGAUAUGCCAGCCAGAGAAAUUUUGAAUAUUGUCGCUCAACAAAUCAUUAGCUAUCGGCCCUACGAAUAA